GAAGAAAUGGCAGUACAAAUAGACACAAGCAAUAACUCGCUGUCAGCUCCAAGCGCCUAUGAAACACAACAGAAUCAAUCGCCCAGUAGCAACGAUUCGGGUUUUCACGGCGACAGCGGAUCCAACGACUAUGAAAAUGUGCAGCGGCGACCCAAAGUUUCACAAAAACGAUCCAAAAAAAAGGAAACCUACGUUAGCGUAUUUGCUUGGGAACACGACGAACCACUUUACGGCGGUUUGACAUCACGAAUUUCCAAAGAACGCCCGCUUUGUUUACAAGGUAUGCUAACAGUUCCCGAAACUGAACCUCGUAGCACAAAGCCAGUUGAUGCACCAUUAAUAACACCAAAUAUUUCACUUCGCAGUGCCAGUCCCCUAACGGGAACUUCACCGCAGUUCACCUAUUCACCUAAAACCUAUGAAAAUAGCAACAGUUCAUCAUACAGGAGUCCACUAACGUUUAAUGAUUAUCUAAGCAAAAGAGAUGAACCAGAUAAACAGCCAUCACUCGGUCCUCCUGAGUCCGUCCCUUCUACAUCUCUUUUAGCGACAAAGACUUUUUUCAAAAAACAAGUGCCAGCAGAUGCAGAUGUACCUCCCUCUUACGGCCAAGAAAAAAGUUUAAUCGAUCUGGACAACAAUCAAAACGAAGUGUUGGCAGCCAGUGUUAACUCGGAUCUUCCAGAUAAAUCAAGUGAGGGUGGGGACAGUGACACGUCAAAAGACAGUGCAAAUCAUGAUACCAUCAACAACGACAUUUCUGGCCUGAUGUCAACAACUGUGCUAUACAAAGCAGCAGAUGAGCUGUUGCCACAAACGGAGACGGUCGAAGUUCCAUUACCAAAAUUAGAACCGGACGAUAGUAAACAGCAUGGGUCAAAGUGGAUAUCACCGUCAUAUUCAAAUUUCCGACCUACAGUCGAGAGAGAAUUUCCAACUUCAACUAUUUCACCAAUUAAAGAGGAACCUUUAAUUGCAGGAUUGGAUGAAGAGCAUGAUACAUUAGUCAAAAGUCCUGUCACUUUACAACACCAAGAAGCAGCUCGAGAAAAACUCAGUGAACCAACACUUAAAUACUCGAAACAGCCAGCAAAUAUGGAAGAAGAAAAAACCCAACCUGCUAUCAAGCCUGCCCCAUACACAAAAGCUUUCAACCGCGAUAAAGAUGACAACAAGUGGGAAGUGGAAGAGAGUACAAAAGUCAAUGAGUCAAAAACUGGCGCCCUAAAAGAUUCAGUUUAUCAAAAUCCGUUAAUUACCACUACUGCCCCCUCCCCUCAAAGCAAGAAUACUCCGUUUUCUCCUACUAGUUAUAUAUCACCCAGAGAAAGAGGUGGAAAACCUGUUCCUUCUCGAUUUCCAUGGCUAAAAGACGAAGAUGAAAGCCCAUCGUCUUUUAGCCAAAAGUCACCUAAGAGUCCUGCUGCAACAACGCCUACGUCGCCAAGCAGAGAACGAAUUACAACAUACCGUGGCUCUUUUAGCCGACAACCACCUGUGAAAAGCAUAAUUGAAAAGGUCGGACUGGAACAAGGUGGAACAGAAAAAAUACCUUUACCGAAAAAUGCAGCAGUUUUUGAACGGCCUCCUACGCCAAGAGAAAGCUUAGGACCAUCUGCAUCUCCGCGAACGCCAAAACACUUUGAUGUAGGAAUUUAUUCACCAAAGUCGCCAGUAAUUCCGCCAGCCACUUCCGAAAAAAAAAAUUCGUUGAAUUCAACAGCGUCAAUAUUUCAAUUCAGUGGAAAGUCACCGACUAGUCCUCCAAAAUUUACUAGUUCGGAGUUAAGCGGAGAAACAUUUUCUUCACGGCAGCAGUAUAAAGGCACUUCUUCAACUUCUAAAACAGAGCUGUUAUCAUCCCCGAGAAUGCAUACUUUUGAGAGGCGUGGUUCUGCUAGUGAACGACCCUCAGUUUCAACGUUAGAUGACAGUAAAUUAAAAGAAAUUGAAGAGAAAAAACCAACUCCACCUCCUCUCUCUAGUCAUAGUACACUGUUGACUCGUAUUACUGGAGACAUAACUGAAAAUGAUAUUAUUGGAAGGCAGUUAAGACCUGAUUGGGUUGAAUCAGAAAUUGCUGAAAUCUCCACAGAAGAGCCGAACAAAUUUUUGUCUGCUGACGACAUGCCCGUUCGCGAAAAACCAACUUCUGACGAGAUAUCCUCAUGUAAGGAAAUUCUUGGCUCUGAUUUUAAUGACCACGAUAUUUAUACGGUAAAUCUGAGAAGACCAUCAAAGUCUCUAGACACAUCGCUUGGACUCAUUUUUACCUCAAGUGGGACUUACCAGCGGUACAUUACGGUUCAAAAGGUUAUAACGGGUAGCCUAGCGGAUAGAACUGACAAAAUAGAAAAGGGCGACAAGGUGUUCUUCAUUCAAGGCAAAUCAACAAGACAGAUGGAAACAAAAGAUGCUCGAGCAUUAGUAAAACAACCUGGAGAAGUGGUUAAACUAGUGAUUGGACAUCCUGUUAGUACAGGUCUUUCCACACCUUCAGAACUAAUGUCUACAGCGUUUAUCAAAUUUUGCAAAUUUGCGGCGUCUUGUCCAGUCCUAAAAACCCUUACAAUUUUAGUAGCUAUUGACCCUGCUUCGUUCAGCUUCUCAAAUGUUGUUGAAGAGGUGACGUUAAUAAAGGGUACAUUGGGCGUGGGACUGUCGUUGGAUGGCGGCAGGGGAUCCAUUUAUGGCGAUCGUCCAAUUGUUAUUAAAGUUAUCUUCGAAGCCACAGAAGCAGCAAAAUGUGGACGACUAAAUGUUGGUGAUCAAAUCGUGGCAAUUGGAGAUGUCAAUAUUGAGGGUAUGAGUUAUAUGGAAGCCAACAAGUGCUUGAGGUCCAGUCCAAAAGGCCCGCUAAAAAUUGCCUUCAAAAAACGCUUGUGA